AUGACUCCAGAUGAACGCUUUGUAGGAUGGAACGACGCGGUCAAUCAGAACUGGCUGACCAUACUAGAAGGAUCUGGUGACGGUGUUUGGAUCCCAGAUGCCGAGGAUUACGGUCUGACGGAGGGCUUCGAAGCACCAUACAAUGGAAAACACCACGGCAACAUGACGCGUCAGUUCUACCAUAUAAGCAAUCAACACCAAUUGCACUGUCUGAACAUUGUAAGAAUGGCGCAUUACCACAGGAUUGAGGACUCGGACUGGCUCUCGGAUGACGGGAAGCAGCAGGCCGCCUAUCACGUCGAGCAUUGCGUGGAAUACCUCAGACUGACCAUCAUGUGUGGCGACUCGCUCGUGGUUGAAGCAAACAGUCCACCGGGAUCGCCGGCCUCCGAAGUCGCCGAUGCUUGGGGAAAGCCGCUAGGUUGGGGAAUCACAAAGCAAUGCAUUAACUGGGGGAAUCUGCAGCAGUGGCAACGAGGUCAGCUCGAAGCUUCGAGAAAGGUUUAG